AUGGACCCGAGGGCCGAAAAUCCGAACCCAGAUUUCUUGCAUGCUAACUCGGUUGAUAAGAAUGAGUUUGGCGAUUACCUGUUGGAUGGAGUCACUGAUAUUGCAUAUUGGCGCUUCUAUGCACGGGCUAAUUCAAAGAGCGUCAGAACCGAAAUUGGACUUGUCUCCAAGAAUGACCUUGAGACGCUGUUUAUCGCUCGAGGCUACAUGGACUGGGUCUCUGUUGAAGCACUUAGCUCCGAAAUGAGUGCUCUCGGAACAUCCCCCGAACCCAGAACUCCUCCUCCUGCAUACUGGGCUCUUGGUGAGGCUUUGCCUGAGCCAGAUGACCCAGAGGCCUUCUCAGCGGAUAUUGACUCCGCGAGUCCAACUAACGAUAUCUCACAUGCGUUGUUGUUCAUUGCGGCCAUUCUCUCGGGUGUUCUGAUAUGCGCAUUAUUAUGA